CAAUAUGUACUUCCUGGAAUUACUUUAAGAAGAAAAAUGAAUGGUGCAUUCCAUACUAUCAGAGCUCAAUAAAAGGAGACCAUAUUGUGGGCUGGAGUCCUUUUUGGAAGAGGACACUGAUAAAAGAAGAAUGGAUGAAGAUAUUCUAGGUGUGAGGAAAAGAAAGAAUAAGUAAAAGAUGAAUAGUACUGCAGCUAGCCCAAUGUCAGCUAUUGCUACUUCAAGCAGUGGAAGAACCACAGGGAAAUCUACAAGUUUUGCUCUUGAACUCCAGAGUAUGAUGUUUUCUCUAGGAGAUGCUAGAAGGCCACUUCAUGAAACAGCAGUUUUGGUAGAAGAUAUUGUUCAUACCCAACUGAUUAAUCUGUUGCAGCAGGCUGCUGAGGUUUCACAGCUACGGGGAGCCCGAGUGAUCUCUCCUGAAGAUCUUCUUUUCCUGAUGCGCAAAGACAAGAAAAAGCUUAAAAGACUGCUGAAAUAUAUGUUUUUCCGAGACUACAAAUCUAAGAUUGUUAAAGGUAUAGAGGAAGAUGAUCUUCUGGAAGAUAAAUUCAGCAGCAGUAAUGUCAACAAAAGGCAAAAAGUAGCUCAGGACUUCCUCCACUCUAUCGAUCAGACAGGAGAACUCUUGGCGAUGUUUGAAGAUGAUGAGAUCGAUGAUGUUAAGCAAGAGAGAAUGGAGAGAGCAGAAAGACAGACUCGAAUGAUGGAUGCAGCUCAAUAUGCAGAAUUUUGUGAAAGUCGGCAGUUAAGCUUUUCCAAAAAAGCUUCCAAGUUCCGAGACUGGUUGGAUUGUAGCAGUAUGGAGGUAAAACCCAAUGCAAUUGCCAUGGAGAUUUUGGCCUACUUAGCAUAUGAGACUGUGGCCCAGUUGGUGGAUCUGGCUCUUCUGGUCAGGCAAGAUAUGGCACCCAAAGCAGGUGACCCCUUCAGCCAUGCCAUCUCUGCUACUUUCAUUCAGUACCAUGCUUCUACUGAGAGCACUGCAGCCUGUGGUAUGGAGGCUCAAAGCGAUGCCAUCCAGCCCAGCCACAUCAGAGAGGCCAUUCGACGCUACGGCCACAAGAUUGGCCCAGUUUCUCCAUUCACAGUACGAAGCAUGAUGGAUGUGCCUCCUGUCACCGCACGGCUAUCAGACUCCCCCGGCGUCGGCACCCACACAAGCCAAGUGCUCCGACGUCACUGGCAUUUUUGCCCAGCACUCCAGUCACUUCCUGAGCCGGGGUACGACACCCCUGAGCCGCGUAGACUUCGUACGGACACCAAGCUGCCUCUGACUGUCCUGCCUCUCAGAACUCUCAGAACCCCUGAGCCCAAGCCACCUCGUCGGGGCCCCUGCCUCUCCAGAGUCCACCGGAGCCUCCUUUCAAAAAUAGGAAACUAA